AUGUCUCGACGCUGGGGUGCCGUCGCGUUGCUGGCACUCGCCGGCGGCGCGCACGCCAUCGGGCAGCAGACAUGCGUCUCAUUCGCUCCCACAACAUCCUCAUUCUCCAUCGUCAGCAACCGCAUUGCAGCACCCAUCCUGCUCUCCGAAGACGAAUGGGGCGGCGUGCAGCGCGCCGCCUCCGACUUUGCUAUGGACAUCCAUAAUGUGACGGGUGUGAUGCCCGGCCUGUUCAACGUGACAGCGUCCGCAAGCGCGGCAAAUUUGAGCCUGGCGAGCGCACAGGCAAUCAUCGUGGGCACACUCGGGCAGUCAAGUCUGAUUGACGAGGUGGUGAGCCGGACGGGCCUCGAUGUGUCGGCGGUGGAGGGCAAGUGGGAGGCGUUCAUGACCCAAGAGGUGUCGAAUCCGCUGCCUGGGAUCAGCAGUGCAUAUGUGAUGAUUGGCGCGGAUAAGCGGGGGACGAUCUACGCGUUGUACGAUCACUCAGAACAGUUUGGUGUCUCCCCGUGGUACUGGUGGGCUGAUGUACCGACGAAGGCACAUUCGGAAUUGUACGUCGACUCGGCUGGAUGCGCACAUGGAUCUCCGACUGUGCAAUAUCGUGGUAUAUUUUUAAACGAUGAACAACCUGCGCUGCAGAAUUGGGCCAUGGUUCGGUUUACGAAUGGGACUGGUGCAGCACUGACAGGGUCUCCAUUCAACCACUUCUUCUACACAAAGCUGUUCGAGUUGAUACUUCGGAUGAAGGGGAACUACUUGUGGCCAGCGAUGUGGGCCAGUGCAUUCGGCGUUGAUGAUCUGCUGAAUCAGCCGUUGGCCAACUGGUACGGCAUUGUCAUGGGCACCAGUCAUGAGGAGCCCAUGAUGCGCUCCAUACCUGUCGAGUGGGACCUUUUUGGAGAUGGCCCUUGGGAUUACAGCGUCAAUGCUCAGAACAUUUACAACUUCUGGGUGGAAGGCGCUGAGCGUGCGAAGCCGUACGAGAACAUGUUCACGGUGGGUAUGCGCGGUGAUGGCGAUGAGCCUCUCGCUGGUGGACAAGAUAUCUCUUUACUCGAAGGAAUAAUUGCAAACCAGCGGACAAUCCUGGGCAACACCUUUUUAGGCGUGAACGUAACCACUAUUCCGCAGAUGUGGUGUCUAUACAAGGAAGUCCUCGGGUACUAUGAAGACGGAAUGAUAGUACCUGAUGAUAUUGCGCUUUUAUGGACGGAUGAUAAUUACGGCAAUAUUGAGCGACUCCCCACACCAGCUGAGCGCGACAGGUCUGGAGGCGCUGGUGUAUACUACCACUACGAUUAUGUCGGAGACCCACGUAACUACAAGUGGAUUGCAAGCAGUCAGCUAGCCAAAACGUACGAGCAGAUGUCACUUGCGACCGCCCGAAAUGCCACCCGGAUCUGGAUCGUCAACGUUGGCGACCUCAAACCUUACGAAAUGGAGAUUGAAUUUUUCAUCACCUACGGCUGGGAUACGUCGCUAUGGAACACGAACAACCUUGAUAGCUUCGUUACGGGCUGGGCACAGCGCGAGUUUUCCCUGUCCACCGAAGACGCGACCACUGUAGCAGGCAUCAUUGCCAACGUCUCUCGAUUCAACUCUAACAGGAAACCUGAGAUGUUAAACUCAACGACCUACAGCCUCUACAAUUACCGAGAGGCUGAAAACAUGCUCGCAAUGUGGCAGGCAACAAACGACUCCGCGACGCGCAUCCUUGACACUCUCCCGGGCGAUAUGCUUCCCGCAUACUUUCAGCUUGUCUAUCACCCUGUACAGGCUAGCUAUACGGUUGCGAACAUGUGGAUCUCCGCCGGAAUGAACAAUUUGAGAGCCUCCCAGGCGUUCCUGAGCGCGAACGAUUAUGCUACCCAGGUGGAAACCCUAUUCGAGCAAGAUUGGGAGCUCGAGGUCGAGUAUGACUCUAUACUGGAUGGAAAAUGGGUUCACAUGAUGAGCCAGACACAUGUCAUGUACUAUUACUGGCAAGAACCGCAGGCGAACACAAUGCCACUCGUCACGAAGGUACAAGCCCGGAAACAGGCACUAUCAGGUGCUAUGAGGAUCGCCCCUGAAGGCACUCAGGCUGCAUGGCCAGGAGACAAUAUGUACCAAUGCGCUCAGGGAUACAGUUGUCCUAAUCCGACGCUGUCCAUCGACCCAUAUGUACCAGCAGGCAACCGAUACUUUGACAUUGGCGCUGGAGGACCAGUCCCCUUCACAUUCACAGCGACUAGCAACGCUUCGUGGCUGACUCUGUCCCCCUCGGAAGCAUACAUCUCCCCGGAGACGCCUGAGACUCGAGUCUACGCGACUGUGGACUGGAGCCAGCUGUCUGCAACUGAGAUUGCACUGAUCACGUUCAAUGCGACGAUCCCUGGCCAACCGGAAAUGUCAUUCACGGCGACGCUCAAUGCUAACUACUCCCAAGCGCCGAGUUCAUAUACAGGCUUUGUUGAGGGUGAUGGCACUGUGUCGAUAGAGGCCGUGCAUUCAGUGAGAAAUACGUCCGUCAAUGGCAUCACAUGGACCGCUUUACUUGGCUACGGCCGAACGCUAUCUGCUGUCACACCCUGGCCUCGCGGAGGUGACGAGCUUAACUUCACUGUCGGGACUGGGCCAAGCAUUGAAUACGACUUCUACAACUUCAACACGUACGACGAUAGUGGAAAUGUCACGGCCACACUUUAUAUCUCGCCGUCACUGAACGCCCUAGGUCCUGAUCGUCCUCUGGCAAUCGGGGUCCAGAUGGACUCCGGCGAGCCACAGGUUAGCUAUUUCAUUCCAAACGCGACUCCCGGAGAUCUACCAGCACAGUGGGACGGCAUGGACGGUUGGGUUGCAAAUAAUAUCGUGACCGUCCCGUUCAGCUUAGAAGCCGAGCCGGGGGCCCACACACUGACACUCUGGAUGAUUGAGCCCACUGUAAUCGUUCAGAAGAUAGUGAUUGACACCGGUGGUGUGCAGCCAAGUUACUUAGGCCCACCGGAGAGCAUUCGCAUUUAAAUACUGUUAAAAAUGGAGCAAGACGACCUCGUAUCAAUUGCUGUAUUGUACAGACAAGCCGCAUGAAUGCAACGCUGUACUAUUCAAGAUUCGUUAGUAUGGGUGAAUGAGUCUACAGGAAGCCAUUUUCGUAUGAGUUCAGUCCGUUGGGUGGGUGGGAGAUAGAGAUAAUAUCUGAUGCACAGUGCGUACAUAGCGCAGCAAAGAAAAAGAUUUCCUAGUGUGGAGCGCAG